AUGGUUGAAAAAGAAUAUACAAAAAUUCCUACUAAGGAAAUCGAAAGUGGUUUCGAAAAGAAACCAGAUCCGCCCAAAUAUGGAUUCGGAGUGAGGCACGUGCAAGCUCUGAUUAUUUUCACAGUAUAUUCAAUCGGUUACAUUGCCAGAAGCCAUCUUGGGGUCACUAUUGUAGCCAUGACGAACGAUGCCGAUGUCCCUAAAGAGUUAGCAUUAAAUUCUACACUAAAUAACACUGAUAUGACCGAAUUGGCUAAUGGAAUAAUAAAUAAUGAAGUAUAUGCAGCUAACGAUAGCAUCUCUAAUGCUUCCGUAAGCGAUGACAGCAUUUGGAAUAUUUAUAAGACAUACCACUGGUCGAAACCAACUCAAGAAAUGGUACUCAGCUCCUUUUUUGUUGGUUACUGCAUAAUGACAUUUCUCAGUGGCCCAAUCUGCCAGCGGUGGGGGGGAAAGAUCCCACUACAAAUGGCCAUGCUUGUCAAUGGGGUAGUGUCUAUUUUAUCACCGUGGGUCGUGGCGUGGGGAGGUUGGAAAGCUCUCUGCUUUUGUCGUAUAUUGCAAGGAUUAUCUCAAGGGGGAUUGCUACCAAGCUUACACACAAUAUUGGCAAAUUGGGUACCUCUGAGUGAACGAGGAACUCUCAGUAGUUACGUAUAUACAGGUUCAGGCUUCGGUACAGUGGUAGGUUUCCAAUUCAGUGGCGUUCUUGCUACCAGCAGUUUUGGAUGGCCAUCACCGUUCUGGGUGAUUGGUAUCUUCUGCCUGAUUGGGUUCGUUCUCGUCACGGUAUUUGGUGCUGCAACACCAAACGAUCAUAGAACGAUAUCACAAGCUGAGAAGAAUUAUAUUAUAGGAUCAUCUGGGGAUCAUCUAUUUUAACAGCAACCAAAAGUGCCAUGGAAAGCGAUCAUGACAUCAAAACACACAUGGGCAACCUUUAUCACGCACAUUGGUAGCGCUACUACAUACGUGUUCUUCUUCAUUCAAGUACCCACAUACUUGUAUGCGAUAUUGAAAGUGAAUAUAAAAAAUAGUGGUUUAUUCUCAUCUCUCCCAUACGUGUUCGCAUUUUUCGCUUGUAUCUUCUUUGGAUAUUUAUCAGACGUGUUAAUAAACAGAAAAUUAAUAAGUAUGAGGAAUGCGAGGCGCAUGUCAAAUAGUAUCGGUUCAAUUGUCCCAGCGAUAUGCCUAGGUUUAGUAUCUUAUACGAGUAGCGUGACGGUCGCCGUCAUAUGCUUUGUCACAGCUGUGGGAAGCCAUGCUGCGGUUCAUAGCGGUUGGGUGAUAAAUUACAUAGACCUGUCACCAAACUAUAGUGGUCUUCUGAUGGCCAUCGGUAAUGGAUUGGGCAACGCGUUCGUGCUGGUUUUAUCUGCGUUUAUCUCCUUUAUUGUAAGAGAUGUGACAGACGUGGUUCAAUGGAGGAUAAUGAUGUUUAUAAUGGCUGGCUUCAACGUAUUGGGUAAUACGAUAUUCUGUUUGUUUGCCUCAGCUGAUGUGCAACCCUGGAACGAUGACAAUCAUAAAGUUUCAAAUUAUACUAAAAUGCAAAAUGCAAAGGAGAAAAAUGCGCAAUCAGUGCAAGAUAAAAGUGCAUUUGUGAUUGAAGACACUAAAUUUAAAGUUUCAGAUUGGGGUUAUAGACAUAAGCAAUGCAUUUUGCUGUUCUUGUCGCUAACAACCGCUUACAGCAUGAGGGCAUGCAUGGGAAUGGCUCUAGUGGUCAUGACAGACAUAGCAUCUUAUAGCACAUCCAAUUGUUCCGCUUCAAAACAAAUUAUUAAUGACAGUGUUAGUACAAUACCUAAUUGUGUAGAUUCACCAGUUAAUGACACGACGGGAAAUGCAAACGGAACCGGCUUUCUACAUAGUCUCCUAUUGAUACCACCAUACCCAACCUUCAAAUGGAACAAAAAGAUCCAAGACACCGUGCAGUCCACUUUCUUCUGGGGAUACAUGCUCACUCAGAUACCCGCUGGCACCAUUGCUCAUCAUUUCGGUGCCAAAUACUUGUUGACUGGAGCCUUGCUGAUCAACGCAGUCAUGUCAUUUUGUUUGCCGUGGGCAGCGCUUUAUGGAGGAUGGGUGUUAACUGGAAUAUUUCGCUUCGUGCAAGGGCUGAGCCAAGCUUGCAUAAUUCCAGGAAUGCAUACGAUGUUUGGUAAAUGGGCGCCUCUAGAAGAGAGAGGAAGAAUGACUGCUUUUGCAUAUGGUGGACAAGCUCUGGGAGCAGUAUUGGGAUUUCCUGUUACCAGUUUUAUUUCAUCAACUUUCCUCGGUUGGCCGGGUAUAUUCCGUUUUUAUGGAAUCCUCGUGGGUUUGGUUGGAUGUUUGCUCUGGUGGCUCGGUGCAGAAUCUCCAGCACAGCAUAAAUACAUAUCAGUUGCAGAGAGACAUUACAUUGAAACCUCUUUGGGUCAAGUUGGUGAUGCGGGAAAGAAAAAGCACGCAGUUCCAUGGUCAAAGAUUUUACGCUGCCGUGGUCUUUAUGCUAUUAUGCUGGCCCACAUUGGUCAGACUUGGUGCCAAUUAACCCUGUUCACAGAAGUCCCAGCCUACAUGGACAAAGUUAUGGGGGUCAAUAUAAAAGCGAAUGGCUUACUGUCCGCGCUUCCAUUCCUGCUUAUGUGGUUCACCAACUUCUUCUUCAGCUGGCUGUCAGACAUGCUUAUUGUCAAAAAAGUUUUUAGCGUUACUGUUGCCAGGAAAGUCGCUAAUUGUACGGGAGCAAUACCAGCAUCAAUAUGUUUCGUAAUACUAGCGCAUUCUUCUAAGGACAUUUAUGCUGUAGAGGCUUUGCUGUGUAUUAUUUGCGCUUUCAAAAUUGCUUGCACAGUUGGUUUUCAGGUGAAUCAUAUUGACAUAUCUCCCAACUUUUCUGGCACUAUGAUGGGUAUGACAAAUUUUGUGGCCAAUUGUUUUGGUUCAGUUGCACCGUUGGUUGCUGGCUUCAUCUUGACAGAUGUGACCGAUGAAUAUCUAUGGCGAAAAGUAUUCUACCUAGCAGCGACCAUUUACUUUUUAACAAAUGCUGCUUACGUCAUCAUGGGUACCGGAGAACUCGCUGACUGGAAUGAACCAGAUAAAGAAAAAGAUAUACCAGAAACGGAAAAAAUGAUUAAUGAAAAGGAAUUAGAAAAUAAAUAG